CAAACAUAGCAGCUUGCAGUGAAAAGCAGCGAUAAGUUAGAUAUGCUUCCUGUUCCUGUAAUAGUGAGCAGCAAGUCAGAAGUGUCCCUUUGCCUCACUUCUGUCAGUCUUCCUACACCUACCAACACAGACAGACUGUGGAGUAAACCAUGAAAGCUUGAUGGGUAGAGGACAUGUAUGAGGUAGAUGGACAGUAUUCAACCCCGGGAAGUUUUACCAAGACAGUAGACAUUCACUUCUGCUUUAUCGGCACCCUACAGAGAACUUCUCCAAUUCAUUUCUUAUUGUUCUUCUUUUCUCUUGAUUCUUUCAGCUGUCUUCCAACAAUCAUGAGGUGGUUCCACCGCGACUUGAGCGGCAUAGAUGCUGAGGCCUUACUCAAAGCACGGGGAGUUCAUGGCAGUUUUUUGGCUCGUCCCAGCCGGAAGAACAAAGGAGAUUUUUCGCUUUCUGUCAGGGUUGGUGACCAGGUAACCCACAUCCGUAUCCAGAAUACAGGGGAUUUUUAUGACCUCUAUGGCGGAGAGAAAUUUGCUACUUUGUCGGAAUUGGUGGAAUAUUAUACACAGCAGCAAGGAUCCCUGCAAGACAAAGAUGGCACCAUCAUAGACUUGAGGUAUCCGCUGAACUGUUCCGAUCCAACAACAGAAAGGUGGUACCAUGGACAUCUUUCAGGACCAGCGGCAGAGACCUUACUCCAAGCCAAGGCUGCACCAUGGACCUUUUUGGUACGAGAGAGCCUCAGCAAGCCUGGUGAUUUUGUGCUCUCUGUCCUGACUGAUCAAGCUAAAACUGGAAUUGAUGCCACCCCGGCUGGGGCCACCAGCACCCCCAAAGAACGUCUCAAAGUCACUCAUGUCAAGAUCCUGUGUGAGAAAGGAAAGUACACAAUUGGGGGCAUAGAGAAAUUCAGCAGUUUGACUGACCUGGUGGAACAUUUUAAGAAGACAGGCAUUGAGGAGGCAUCUGGAUCCUUUGUGUAUUUGAGACAGCCUUUUAAUGCCACUCGAGUGAAUGCAGCUGACAUUGAGGACCGAGUGCAGAUGCUCAACAAGAGGAGCCAAGUGGAAGAAGCAGCCAAAGGUGGUUUCUGGGAAGAGUUUGAUAGCUUGCAGAAACAAGAGACCAAGAAUUUGUAUGAUCGGCAUGAAGGGCAAAGGCUGGAAAACAAGAGCAAGAACCGGUAUAAGAACAUAUUACCAUUUGACCACUCCCGAGUCAUCCUUCAAGACAGAGAUGUGAACGUUUGUGGCUCUAAUUAUAUCAAUGCCAACUAUAUCAAGAACACGCUCUUAAGUCCCGAGGAAUGCACUAAAUCCUACAUUGCUAGCCAAGGCUGUUUGGACAGCACCGUCAAUGAUUUCUGGCAGAUGGUGUGGCAAGAAAAUUCACGCAUCAUUGUGAUGACCACCCGGGAGGUGGAGAAAGGAAGGAACAAAUGUGUCCCUUACUGGCCAGAGGUGGGAAGCAGCAAAGAGUAUGGGCCAUACAUCGUGGAAAAUGCUGGAGAACAUGAUGCCCUAGAGUAUAAACUCCGACAGCUUCGCCUCUCACCAGUCAACAACAGCGAGGCUGUGAGGGACAUUUGGCAUUACCAGUACCUGAGCUGGCCAGACCAUGGAGUGCCCAGUGAGCCCGGAGGAGUCCUCAGCUUCCUUGACCAAGUCAAUCAGAAGCAGGAGAGCGUCCCUGGGGCUGGACCGAUCAUAGUGCACUGCAGUGCUGGGAUUGGUCGCACUGGGACCAUCAUUGUCAUCGAUAUGAUUGUGGAUAUGGUUUCCACAAAAGGGCUGGACUGUGAUAUAGAUAUCCCAAAGGUUAUUCAGAUGGUUCGGUCCCAGCGCUCAGGAAUGGUGCAGACUGAAGCUCAGUACAAGUUCAUCUACAUGGCUAUCUGCCAGUUUAUUGAGACCACGAAGAAAAAGCUGGAUGUUAUGCAGUCUCAGAAAGGAAGACCCAAUGAGUGUGAAUAUGGGAAUAUUACCUACCCACCUGCACAGAAGAUUUCCCACGCAAAGGUGUCACGGAAAUCCUCCAAGCAGAAGGAGGAACCAACCCUCUAUGAAAACUUAGAGAAUGCCAAAGGCAAGAAAGAGGAGAAGAGGCAGAAACAGGGGCUUUUGGGAAAGGAGAAGAAGCCAAAGGGAUCCCUGAAGAAAAAAUAACAGCAUGCUGCUUUCAGCAAGGCUUGCCCGACUGGCUUGGUUCAGGGCAGAGGUUACAUAAUUUGCUCCCUGCUAGGAACUUCCCCAGAGGUUCGCUGGAAACUGUGGAGGGCCAGCCCAAGACAUUUUGCUGCUUGAGGUGGAAAACGCAGACGGCAUCUUCUGCUUCCAGCGAAGAAAAUGGCUCGCUCUCUCCUUUUUAUGACUCGCCCAUAUUACUCUUAGUUGUCUGUGGGCAGUCUGAUUGUUCGGGGCGAGUCUCACAUAAGCACACGUGGGAACUGUGGUACUGAACUGUGGGCCACUAUAUCUACCAGUACAUCCAUUUGGCCAGCCUACUUUUCCACACGUGACCAUUAAAAGUAAGUUCGGAAGAGCUAGAAACACACACAGACCACUAAUGUGCUCACCUCCCCCACCCCCAUUGCCACUCCUGUUCAUUUUGGCCAUUGUAACUAUGAGGCCCUCCCAGGUCAGGGAACUGGAUACAACGACUUUGAUUAAAUGCUGGUUGUGUAGCUUCGCUUUCUUUCUGGUUUAAUUUCUUUACGCUCCUUGUUUGAAACUUCACCUGACUGCUCAAAACAAGACUUCUCUUGAGCACUUUUUGUCAAUGUCUGGGGCUGAAGGGAUCGCCAGCAAGAUGCUAACUCCUACAUACCCACUAAAUACUCCCACAUGCUCUGUAUAUAGUGGAUGAUUUGUCUAAUCUAGUGUAUUGCUUUUCUUUACUUUGUAAAUAAACCAGAUGUUCAUUUGAUUUGGA